AUGAGAUUCUCAACUCUUCUUACAGGUCUGACACUCGGUCUGGCCUCUUCGUCUCAGGCAAUCAAUAUCCUGCUCAACAACGACGACGGCUUCGGGUCGGGCAAUCUACGCGAAGUGUAUCGCCUCUUGAAAAAGGCAGGCCACAAUGUCUGGAUUGUCGCACCCGCAACCGAACAGAGCAGCCAAGGCGGUCGCUCCUCAUUCACUGAACUCGGAAACCUUACUGGGCCAUCACAAUACGAUAUUAUUCCAAAGGGCGCCCCAUCAGUUGGCACGGAUCCUCAUGACAGCCAUAUUUGGUACUACAACGGCACACCAGCAGCUUGUACAUUCGUCGCACUGGACUACGUCCUCCCCAGAUACGCUCCUUUCAAAGUUCCCGACCUCAUCGUAACUGGACCCAACUACGGAACCAACCUCGGUCCAUUCGUCUGGACCCUCUCAGGAACCGCAGGCGCAUCAUACGCCGCCACCGAGCGCUCCAUACCCAGUAUCGCCAUCGCAGGAAGUAACCAAAAAAUCGCCUACUUCGACAUCAAAAACGAAACCAACGAAGCGACAUGGACCGCAAAAGUAUCCGUCAAGGUCGUCGAACAAGUCAUCAGCAGCGCGCCAAAGGGCGGUCCUCUCCUCCCUCUUGGCUACGGACUGACAGUGAACAUCCCCGUUCUCACUGCGAAUAAUACCGAUCCGGAGAUUGUGCAGACGCGCAUGAGUGGCAAUGCGCACAUCAAUGAGGCGGUGUUUGAUCCGGCAAAGGGGGUGUUCACGUGGGCGAACAUUAAGCCCUAUGCUGCUGGUGUGAAUGCCUGUGUGAAUGGAGACUGUGCACUUCCUGGUGAGACGUAUGUUGUUGAGAAUGGGAGGGUGUCGGUGUCGGUGUAUAUUACGGAUUAUGAUGCGCCUAUGUCGGAGUAUACAGAGAGUAUAAUGAAGCGUAUUAAGCCGCUGACGAAGAAGUGCUCCAAACCUAAAUAG